AUGAAAGAAACAAAAAGUGAUUCUUUGUCACACACAACGUUUUAAGAUCACAAGUCACAACCGACCUUAUUAUCUAAUAGCAAUUGUCUCAAUUAACCAAACAAAAACAGCGGCAGACUCAAAAGGUUGUCAAGAAGGAAUUGGAGUCAGGAAGACACCAAAAAAUUUUUCAGGAGUCUCUAAUUAUUUGGAACUGAUUUUUACAUGAUCAAUUAUUUGUUCAAUGACAGAACCAGAACCCAAUUAAAACGUAAAUUUAAGAAGGAGAGAAAUAAUGCUGAACUCCAAGCGUCCUUGAAAAAAUGUAGAAGAACACAAAUUAUGAAAUUAAGAGAGAGAUUGUCUAUUUUAAAGACAGAACAUCAAUCAAUCAAUAAGACUGAAACCUUGACUUAAUUCACCAGGAAGAGAUUCGAAUCACUCGCUAGUGUAGAUAGUUUAGAUAUAUAACUAGUGGAAGAACUGCGACAAUUAGAAUGACUUUUGUUAUUAGUUUGUUUAAUUAAGGCUCAUAUCAAGCAUAUCACUAUUAUUUUAACAACGCAACAAAUAAAA